UUAACGCUCUCUUGACUCUUACUUGAAUUCUUCCUCUGUGACUGCAGGGAUUGGCUCCAACAGCGUAAUAUAGGAGAGUACAUCGUGUUGAACACGAUGGAUUUCUGUGACUAGUUGACGGCAGCGUUCACAUUUCGCGCUGAACGUUUAGAACGACCAGACGAAAAAAACUGUAGGCCAAGCCUAAAGGCAGACGCUUACGUCAUUGACCCCUUUUUCCUUCCACCCAAUCACAAACCAGUUAGGCCUCGAUAUAACGCGCAUCGGGCGGUCGUUUCUUUAAUUUUUUUUUUAUUUAUUUAAAAAACACACAGUGCCUUAUUUGUUCGGAAGACGGUGAAAUGGCAAGGACGAAGCAGACGGCUCGCAAAUCCACUGGUGGCAAAGCUCCCCGAAAACAGCUCGCCACUAAAGCGGCUCGAAAGAGCGCUCCUGCCACCGGUGGAGUGAAAAAGCCUCAUCGUUAUAGGCCCGGCACGGUAGCUCUGCGAGAGAUUCGUCGAUACCAGAAGUCCACCGAACUGCUUAUCCGUAAGUUGCCUUUCCAGAGGCUGGUGAGGGAGAUCGCUCAGGAUUUCAAGACCGAUCUCCGUUUCCAGAGUUCCGCAGUCAUGGCUCUGCAGGAGGCCAGUGAGGCUUAUUUGGUCGGUUUGUUCGAAGACACCAACUUGUGCGCCAUCCAUGCCAAGAGAGUGACCAUAAUGCCCAAGGACAUCCAGUUGGCUCGUCGCAUUCGUGGAGAACGCGCCUAAGGACUCGGAUAUAAGAAAGUGGAAUGUAAUGGAAAGAAAAA